AUUUACAACUACCCACACUCUCUCAUUGACACUACAUCCAAAAAUCUUUUUGAUAAACUUUCAUUCAUGAAAGAGAAAGAAAGUGGUAGGAGAGAGAGGAUGUGUGGAAACAGUGAGCUUUGACUGUCCACUAGCUCAGAACCCAAAAUAUAGCAGCAGCUGCAGUGAAGUGAUUGAUGGUUCCUCUGAUGCUACAGCUUCAGCUGCUGCAGCCAGCCUAGAAAGAAGGCGGUGGUCAGGCUUUUGUACUAAAAUAGAGAGAGGAAGAGAGUCAUAAAAAAGAGAGCUAAGAAAAUUCAUUAGGGACUUCUGUGAAUCUUAUUGGCAACUGGAGAGAGAGAGAGAUAGAGAGGGAGGGCGUUCCUUUCAUGGGGAAUUAGAGAAAUACAUCACUCUACUACUAGUAGAAAUACUCUUCUUUCAAGAUGGUAGGUAGGGUUUGUGGUUGAGAAAGAAGUUUUACUUGUAAAGGGAGCGCACACGUACUCACAAAUCAAAGAUAAGGAAGCAAGUCUCUAUUAGCAUAGACAAAGCAAAGCAAAGUUUUUUUCUUUGGAGGGGUGUGUGGGUUUGGUGUGAAACCCACUGCCAAACUGAAAUUCUAGCAAAACAUGGAUGGUUAUGAAGCAACAAGGAUUGUGUUCUCGAGGAUCCAAAACCUAGACCCAGAAAAUGCCUCAAAAAUCAUGGGUCUCCUUUUGAUUCAAGACCAUGGUGAAAAAGAAAUGAUUAGGUUAGCUUUUGGUCCGGAGGCCCUUAUUCACUCCGUGAUUCUCAAGGCAAGGAAAGAACUGGGACACAACUCUCCUACUAAUACUUCUACACCUUCAUCUCCAUCUCCUCUUUUUUCAAACAACCCAUUAACAAUCUCUAGGCAAAGCACCACUUCUUCGAGGCUUGGAUUCAGUAUUCCACCUUCUCUUACUAUCCCAAAUCCUCCUUCCAAUUCUUCUUCGUCUUGGAGUGCUGUUUCUGACCUUUCAAACCACCCUGACGACUUGAUUAGUCCAAGUGGUAGUUCGCUUAAUCCUGCCUCUGCACCUUUCUAUGCUAAUGGUGGGGGAGUGGGAUCUGAUUUGAUAGAUGAGUUUCAGCUCCAAGACCAGCUUGCUUUCCUCGGUGAUAACUCAGCAAAUCUUGGACCCAAAAGCCCAGAUCUUUUUCACCCUCAACUGGACUCUUUGUCAAGUCCAACUCCCGCUGGAGUUGCUGCUGCUGAUUCUAUGCUCUUCCCAUCUUACUGUGGUGGGCCUAUCCAUCGCCGGAGCUGCUCCGUUAGUGAUAUCUUGGGGUCUGAGGAUCCUAGUGCUGGCUUUGGGUGGAGGCCUUGUCUUUACUUUGCAAGAGGGUACUGCAAGAAUGGGAGUAAUUGUAGGUUUGUUCAUAGUGGGAUGGGAGAAUCAGACGGUUCAACUGUGGUUGGUUCCCCUAAUAAGAUUGAAGUGAUGGACCAGUGUCAUGAGAUGCUUAGAUCUAAAUCUGCUCAGCAGCACAGGUUAGCUGGUGCUUCUCAGCUCAUGAGUUCUGCUUCUUUCCCUUACUCUCCGAAGUGCAUGAACCUACUUCUUCAACAGCAGCAAAGUGAUAACCAGAGGGCUGCUGCCGCUGCUGCUGCAUUGAUGGUGGGUGAGGAUAUGCACAAAAUUUGCCGAUCUCGGCUUGAUAGGAGUGAGUUGGUUAAUCCGGCUUCAAGACAGAUUUACUUGACUUUCCCUGCUGACAGCACAUUCAGAGAGGAAGAUGUUUCAAAUUAUUUCAGUAUGUAUGGGCCAGUGCAAGAUGUGAGGAUUCCUUACCAGCAGAAGAGAAUGUUUGGGUUUGUCACUUUUGUUUAUCCAGAGACUGUGAAGAUAAUAUUGGCCAAAGGGAACCCUCAUUUUGUAUGCGAUGCUAGAGUUCUUGUUAAGCCUUACAAGGAGAAAGGAAAAGUUCCAGACAAGUACAGGAAGCAGCAAGUGGAGAGGGGAGAGUUCUCCCCAUGUGGCACCCCUACUGGCCUUGAUUCAAGAGACCCUUUUGAUCUCCAGCUUGGAGCAAGGAUGUUUUACAACCCCGAUGACAUGUUGUGGAGGAGGAAACUAGAGGAGCAAGCUGAUUUGCAACAAGCCCUCGAGCUUCAAAAUAGAAGAUUGAUGGGUUUACAACUACUUGAUGUCAAGAAACAUCACCACCACAGAGCGCUUUCGACUGGAAGCCAAACUCCUUCUACCACAUACACUGGCAAUCUUUUCAAUCAAUCUGUUCCUCUUCCUUCACUCCUCAGCAGCAGAGAAGUUCCCAAUGAGAACAGUUGUAGCUAUGGGCCAUCCAUUUCUGUGGCUGCUCCACCAGAAAAGCAGACAUCAGGCAUUGCUUCUGCUAAAGAAUUCAAUAGUGGUGAAGAGAAUAACAGUGGAAAAAGGAACUUCCAUGGAGAAACUACUGGUUUACAAGAAAGUUUGGAUCACAACCUUCCUGAUAGUCCCUUUGCUUCUCCUACCAAAGGCUCUGGAGAGUACUUCUCUGCCUUCAUAAUAAAUGGAGGUAGUGAAACUGAAAAGGAUACCGCUACUGUCCCACCUUCAUCUUCUGCUAACAACAAUUUGGUCACUUCAACUUCCGUUGCUGCUAGUUCUUCACUAGAAAUGGCGCCCUUCAAAUCCUUCAACUGCCAGUUACCUAGGUUCUCAUCUGGUCAUGGAGCCAUUGGCAUGUAUGCUGGCACAGGUGGGCCGACUUGUCCUGUUGGAAUUUAGCAUCUGAUUUUUAGGAAGAUUGAGGAGUAUAACAAAACAAAACUCACAUCAAAGAUAUGUAGUAAGCCACCACCACCCACCACCACCACCACCACCACCACUACCACCACCAGCAGCAGCACUGCCACCUUUACAGCUUCUGUCAUCAUCAUGAUUCUAUAUACUUACUACCAUACAAAUUGCAUACGCGAAAGGCAGUAAAGGAAGUGGGUCAGCCAUUCCUUUCUUUGUUGUACUAUUUUUAUCACUCAUUUCAUUAGUUGAAGUAAGUUGGACCACAGGUAAAGAAAGCAAAGGAAGAAAAAGAAAAGGAAAAAUUAUAUAUAUGUAUACAUAAUAUACAGUGUAGUUGUAAUUUUAUGGAACUGUAAUUUCUUCCCUUCCUAAACUUUUCUCUUACCACUUGUGUCUUAGAAAAGACAAAAUUAAAGAAAUCCUAUGUUUGGUGCA